AAUCGCUAGUUCGUACAAUCUCUUCUUUGAGAUUACACAAGAAAAAUUAUGUAAACAUUCUCCAUGUGCGGGAAAAUUACUAUAAAGAGGCCAAGAUGAGUAGCGAAUAAUAUUGAAGGUAUUGAUGUAUGAGUAAAAAUCAUAAAAGAUGCCCAGAAGAAAAGAAAACAAAAUUCAAGAAAAAGGAGAGAAGAAUUUAAUUGCCAAUGUUAAGUCUGAUAUGAAAAAGAAUCAACAAGAGAAUGACGUAGAAACAGUUUCCAAGGUUACAAGAACUAGAAACCGAGGAAAUGGACAUACCGGUAUUGAAAAGCCUAAUGACAAUCAAAAGGGAAAAAGAAAAAGUAACUGUAAGAAUAAUAAAUCAGACACUAUCAUUAAAGAUAAUUUAAAACAAGUUGAGAAAGUAAACCUGGAUGAAAUAGAGAAUGAUAAAGAUAUAAAGAAAGAACAAAAUGGAAGAAGAAAGAGAAAAAGUAGCUCUCAGAAUGUAAAAGUAGAAGACAAUGAAAAGAGUGAUGGCAGUAGUAAAGGGGAUUUUGUAGAUGGUGAUGUACAACUUGACAGUUCUAAAGUAAUUAAAAAAAUAAAAUUAGAUCCAUGGCCUAAAAUGAAAUUAGAUGCAUGGCCUAAACGUGACAACGAAAAAGAGUCAACAGUUUUGUCUAAAAAGUUAGAACCAUGGCCACAAGUUCAAAACAAAGGUAGAAGAAAUGAAAAUCUUAAUACUGAUGGAAAGACAAAAGACAAAGAUGCUUUUCAUGGAAAGGAAGGAAAUAGUGCAGGGAAUGAGAAAUUGCAAAAUUUUGAUAUGAUUAAGAAAUUAAAAACAGACACAGGGAAAAAGAGGAAGUCAAAUACCAAAAAAGAGGAUAUUCUUCAGAAUACAGUUAAAGUGAAGAAACAGAAAAGACAAGCUACAAAAUGUAACCAGAAGCAAAAGGACAAUAAUCUCGAUACUACAAAUUCAAAGGAACAGAAUGAACAGAAAACAGAGAAAAAAACAAAUGCUACAAAAAAGAAAAGAAAAAGUGAACCUGCUGAUACUAAACAAAGCAAAAAAGUAGUUUUGGACAAGGAGAGUAGGGAAAAGACAAAAAAAUCACUCAAAAAGAAAGAAAAUAAUACAAAAUUAGAUGAUGUUGAGAUAAUGUCAGAUAAUAGUUCAGACAAUGAAGAUACACAGAAAAGUAGCCACAAAACCAAUAGAGAGGUGAAAGAUGUAGAUUGUAAAAACGAUGAUAAAAUUGAAAACAACACUUCUAAUUGUCAACCAUUAAAGUCCAUGUCAAGUGUUAAAAAGAAAGUUGACAUGGGAGAUGUGACUUCAGUUUUGUUAAUGAUGGAAGGAAAGACAAAAAUUGUUGAUGAUGCUGUACCCAGUACUUCAGGAAUGCAGGGGGAUGAUGAAAGUGAAGAUUUGAUAGAAAGUGAGGAAUCAGACUGGGAAGAAGUAGCAGUAUUGCCAGGAUAUGAUAGUCCAAAGAAGUCACAGAUUCCUUCUGGACCUAUUGAGAUUACUUUGGAUGGACCACAAAUAAUGAAGAAAAGGAAGAAGAAAACCUUUGAUAUUAAAGCGUACUUUCAGAGACUGUCAAACAGGUUCCAAAAAGAAGUGAGAGAAAAUAUUCAUAAGGUUCAAUUCAUGUGUUUGUUAUCGCGAGGGAUGUUUUUAAACAGACUAUGUGAAGAUGACACCAUUAAAGCCUUUGCCUUGUCUGUCUUGCCUAACCAGUUUACUACGGUAUCCAAGAAAGCUUUUAACAUUAACUUAUUGGGCAGGAUCUUAAUCUGGUAUAAAGAAAAAUUCCCUAUCAUGACAAAAAAUACCAUGAAGGAACUUUGUGUGAGAGAAAGAUUAGUAGAAAGCUUCAGAUCUUCAACAGUGAUGUCCUAUCUAGAAAGAACAUUGGUAUUAAUUAUACUGUUGAGAAAUUUAGGUUUAAUAACUAGACUUGUGAUGUCUAUACAACCAAUGCCAUUGAAACCUAAGGAUACAACCAAAAAAUCUGGAAAAGAAAGUAACGUAAGAACCAAAAAGGUUUCUGAAAAGAAUUCCAAAAAUUCCAAGACUGUACAUAACAAGUCUGCAAAGGUUCUCUCAGGGAAAUCCAGAAAAGGAAGUAAAAAGAAACAUAGUAAUGAAAGUGAUUCUACAGAAUCUGAAUAUUUUAAAAAGAAAGACAAAAAGCUACGGUCAAGAGGAUCAAAGGUCAAACCUCAAAGUUACAAAGGUUGUGAUAAUGAGGAUGAAGAUUCAGAAUCUGAGGAUGAGUUAAUUCCAAGUAGUGAAAGUGAAGAGGAUAAACCUAGAAGUAGAAGUAGUAAACAAAAGAAGGCUGGGAAGAGAAAAGUGAAAAAAGAAAAGACUGACGAUAGUCAAGAAGGUUCUGAUGAUGAUUUUGAAGAAGAGAGUUUUACUCCUAGGAGUCCUGUUAAUUUAUUAAGGAAAUUUGUGGAAAAAAACAAAAACAGAAAAAUUCUAUCAUCAGACUCGGAUAUUGAGGAGGACACAGGUUGUGACAUUUGGACAGAGGUGUUCCUAGAAUCAGAGGAUAAGUGGUUAUGUAUUGACUGUAUGGACUGUCGGGUAAACAAGCCACAUGUGAUAGAAAGCCAGGUCACUAAACCUCUUCACUAUGUCCUCUCAUUUGAUAAUGACAGAUACAUAAAAGACCUAACACCAAGAUAUGCCUCUAAAUGGUUGACAGAGACUAGGAAAUUAAGAAUUAAAGAUGACUGGUUGCAGGAUACCUUAGCUCCAUACAGAAGUCCAGAUGUAGAUAUCCAUUCUAAAGAAGAUAAUGAUAUUCAAGCAAGACUUAUUUCUCAGCCAGUCCCUAAAAGUAUGUCAGAAUUGAAGAGUCAUCCAUUAUAUGUCUUGAAAAGACAUCUACUAAAAUUUGAAGCACUAUAUCCUAAUUCAGCCAUACCUGUUGGUUACAUAAAGGAUGAACCUAUUUAUGCCAGAGAAUGUGUCCAUGUUCUACAUUCCAGAGAGAACUGGUUAAAGGAAGGGAGAGCAGUCAGAGUUGGUGAAGAAGCCUACAAAAUGGUUAAAUCAAGAGUACGCUGGAAACAUAAGAAAGAAAACCCAGAUGCAUUAGACCUGGAAAUAUUUGGUCACUGGCAGACAGAGGUGUAUAUACCUCCACCAGCAGUUAAUGGAAAAGUACCAAGAAAUGGUUAUGGAAACAUAGAGUUAUUCAUGCCGUCUAUGUUACCUGCUGGAACAGUCCAUCUCAAGUUGCCUGGAUUAAAUAAAGUUGCUAAGAAGUUAGACAUAGAUUGUGUAGCUGCCAUGACUGGCUGGGAUACACAUUGUGGAUAUUCACAUCCUUUAUUGGAUGGUUUUGUUGUAUGUGAAGAAUAUAAAGACAUACUGAUAGCAGCUUGGGAUGAAGACCAAGAAAUACAAAAACAAAGAGAAAUUGAGAAAAGAGAAAAAAGAGUAAUACAAAACUGGCGCUUACUGACAAAGGGAUUGCUCAUCAAGGAGAAAUUAAAAAGGAAGUAUCUUUUACAGCCUCACUUACAUGAGGUAGAAACUAAAGAAAAGACAAAAAUGAAGAACAAACCAGGAGAGAAAGCAGAUGAUGUAGAAAAAGCCUGGCCAAUGAACAAAGAAGGAAGUAAAUCUCUUAGUACAGCAAAGCAUUUUAAAACUGAAACUUUAUAAACAUUCUACAGUCUACCUGUACUUAAACAUUUCAUAAUUUUAAUAGAGGAACAAGCUUGUAUAGAAGAAGAACCAUCCUUGAGUUUUAUUUUAAUGUAAUUAGUAUAAUGAAAAGACCUAUGAUGAGACACUAAAAUGUAUAAUAUACCUCAUUGUGUUCAUGUAAAAUAUGGCUGUGAAAUAUAAAUCUUUAAUACAUAUAUCAACUAUAUAAAAUCAAUAAAUUCUUAUUAUAAAAUGGA